CCUCCUUCAUUUAAAUGAAUUUGGAGCUCCUCCCAUUGGGUAAGCUCUGAAACUUAUAAAUUGCGCUUUAAGCAAAGCCCUUAGAGGAGGGAGAAUUAUUGGAGCUGGAGGGGGGCAAAAGGAGUCCAACCCAGGGAAACUGGAGGCUGUGCCUUACAACACUGUGAUUCAUUUUAUUUUUUUAUUAUAAUUAUUCCACCCUUUCACCCCUCUUUUUGCUAGUUGAAGAUGUCUACAGCCCUCGUGUCUCCAAACAUCUUUGACCUGAGUGAAGUUUUAUGCAAAAGUAACAAGAUGCUGAACUACAACCCUUCAGGUGUUGGAGGGUGUCUGUUGGACAGGAAAGCAGUGGGAACUCCAGCUGGCGGGGGUUUCCCCAGGAGACAUUCUGUCACUCUGCCAAAUUCCAAAUUCCAUCAGACCCACCUUCUCAGCAGCCUCAAGGGGGAGCCAACCCCAGCACUGGGGCCUAGAGAGAAUCGCUUUCGUGACCGCUCCUUCUCUGAAGGUGGUGAGCGCCUCUUGCAGCAAAAGCAGCCUGGCGGACAAGUCAAUUCAAGCCGCUACAAGACAGAGCUGUGCCGCCCCUUUGAGGAGAACGGGGCCUGCAAGUACGGAGACAAGUGCCAGUUUGCCCAUGGCAUCCAUGAGCUGCGAAGCCUGACCCGCCAUCCCAAGUACAAGACGGAGCUGUGCCGCACUUUCCAUACCAUUGGCUUCUGCCCUUACGGGCCUCGUUGUCAUUUCAUCCACAAUGCCGAGGAGCGUCGAGCAGUGGCAGGCAGUCGAGAGCCUGCCAUCAAUGAAAGGCCCCGCCUCCAACACAGCUUCAGUUUUGCUGGCUUCCCAAGUGCUGUUGCUGCCAGUGGGCUGCUGGACAGUCCCACCUCGAUAACCCCUCCACCCAUCAUGAGUGCCGAUGAUCUUCUGGGCUCUCCUACUCUGCCUGACUGUGCCAGCAAUCCCUUCACCUUCUCCAGCCAGGAGCUGACCAAUCUCUUUGCUCCCAGCAUGGGGGUACAAGUGCCUAGUGGGGGCUCACCCACUGCUUUCAUCCUUCGGCCUAUGUCUGAGUCCCCCAACAUGUUUGACUCACCCCCAAGUCCUCAGGACUCCCUCUCCGACCAGGAAGGCUAUCAGAGCAGCUCCAGCAGCAGCCAGAGUGGCUCGGAUUCACCCAUCCUGGACACCUCAAGACGUCUUCCCAUCUUCAGCAGACUCUCCAUCUCUGAUGAGUAACCUAGUGUUGCCUUUUGGCCUCUUCCCACCUCUCUUACAAUGUUACACUUGUAAUCUCUUCCUCCCUGCCACCGCCAUCUCCCAAUUUUCUUUUAACAUCUCUGGGUUAGAUGUUAACACAAAGAUAGUCCACCUGCCUAAAGUCCACUCACUGGCUGAAACCAUAAGUGCCAAAAUUACAACAAAAAGUGAUAAUCGUUUACAAAUGUAGUGCCUUCUAACAUUUUCACUGUGACUAUAUUACCUCUCCAGCUGCAGAGGGCACCAGCAGCCUCCACAGAGCUCUGUGCAUUUCCAGAUGUGCAGGGAAUAUCCGGAACCAGCAGCUCCCAUCACUGACCAUGAUGCAGGAUUUUACCCUUCUUUCUCCCCUCACUUACUCUGGCCAAUGUUUUGUAGACAUGUGGCAUGUGGACAAAUGUUAACAUCAAACCCUUCCCACCUCUAAAGACUAAUCUUGCCUGAAUCUGCUCAGGUCAACCAGAAGAACAACUGAGAAUGGACAAUAACUGUAAUAUGCACGGGACUUGGUGACUGGAGAGGGAAGCCAGAUGGACAAUGAAAGACUUGCUUUUGGUGCUACAAGUUCCCCGUGUGUAGAUGUGACACCUUUAAAAAGAGAGAGAGAGAAUUGGGGAGGGGUGUGUCUAACGGUGUUCAUUCCACACAUGCAAGUUCUGUGUAAACAAAGUUCCAUUAGAUAUAGCUUUAAUGGUUUUGCUCUAGAGUACAAUAGACCUAUCCAUAGAGCACUCACGCCAAGCUUUUUUUUUUUCCUGGGUUUUUAAUUUUGUAUAACUUUUCAGAAAUUGGAGAGCAAAUUUUGCUUGUCACUGCACAACAAUAUAAAGCUUAUUUAACUUAUCAAAACGUAUUUAUUGCUGAAACCUAUGCUUUUUUGUUAAUUUUGUUCAUAUUUAUCGGAAUGAUGAAUUCAUAGAAUAUAUUCUUUUAUGUUUAAAUUAUGAUCUUCCAUAUUAAUCUUAAGAUUGUGAAGUCUUUUUCUUUCCCCUCCCCCACAGUUUAAUAUAUUAUACUACAAUGACAUUUUUGUAACUUUACACUUUUUUUGGUUAUUUUAUUUUUAAAAAAUGAAAAAUUAAUUUAAAAAAACAGCUGUGUUUGGAUUAUUUAUUUUAGAUCGUUCCCCCCUUUGUGUCAGACUGCAAAUUGAGUUUAAUGUGCUUCUUUGCCUCUCUUUGCCCUAACAAGGCCUUUCCCACAUGGGGUGAAAUUCUGACCACCCUGUUGUCAUUGGGAGCUUUGUCACUGACUUCAGGCGGGCCAGAAUUUCACUGCUGGCCUCUAGAAUGUAUACGCACAAACUGUGCUGUGAGAUGAUAAAAAGGAAGACUGCUUGCUUCUUUUUUGUAAGUACUUAAAGGAAAAAUCUACCCUCUGGUUUCAAGUGCCUGUCUGAAGACAUUCCAAAUGCAGUUUGUCUUUGCAUUUCUGUAUUCCAAGAUUGGAGUGUUUCCUUUGUUAAGGUAAACAUUACUGGCACAAAGAACACACUGAAUGUAAUUUUUCCCAUUACUGUUCACUACAUUGCUUUCUUCUUUUUUCCUUUGUGUGAGUUUAUUUAAAAGAAUCUUUUGUAACGACUGUUUGCAGUUUAAAUCAAUAAAGCCCAAAUGUUUUUUCAAGAA